GGCGACGGCGCUGCGUCACGGGCUUUCAGGCGCUUCGCUCUUGGAGACGGCGACGGCUGUGGGCCUCGGCUCUGGCCUCCCGCGCCCUGGGAGUCAGGUCGGUGGCGCGAUGAGGCGCAGCAAGGCCGACGUGGAGCGGUACAUCGCCUCGGUGCAAGGUUCCGUCCCAUCGCCCCGAGAGAAGUCAAUGAAAGGAUUCUAUUUUGCAAAGCUGUACUAUGAAGUUAAAGAAUAUGAUCUUGCUAAAAAAUAUAUAACCGCAUAUAUUAAUGUGCAAGAAAGAGAUCCCAAAGCUCACAGAUUUCUUGGUCUUCUUCAUGAAGUGGAGGAAAAUAUAGACAAAGCUGUUGAAUGUUACAAGCGUUCGGUGGAAUUAAACCCAACACAAAAAGAUCUUGUUUUGAAGAUUGCAGAAUUGCUUUGUAAAAAUGAUGUUACUGAUGGAAGAGCAAAAUACUGGGUUGAAAGAGCAGCCAAACUUUUCCCAGGAAGUCCUGCAAUUUAUAAACUGAAGGAACAGCUUUUAGAUUGCAGAGGUGAAGAUGGAUGGAAUAAACUUUUUGACUUGAUUCAGUCAGAACUUUAUGCAAGACCUGAUGAUGUCUAUGUGAACAUCAGACUAGUAGAACUGUAUCGCUCAAAUAAAAGAUUGAAGGAUGCUGUGGGCCACUGCCAUGAGGCAGAGAAAAACAUAGCUCUGCGUUCAAGUUUAGAAUGGAAUUCAUGUGUUGUACAGACCCUUAAGGAAUAUCUGGAAUCUUUACAGUGUUUGGAGUCUGAUAAAAGUAACUGGCAAACUACUAAUAAAGAUUUACUUCUGGCCUAUGCUAACCUUAUGCAUCUUACGCUCUCCACUAGAGAUGUGCAAGAAAGUAGAGAAUUAUUGGAAAGUUUUGAUAGUGCUCUUCAGUCUGUGAAAUCUUAUGUGGGUGGAAAUGAUGAACUCUCAACUACCUUCUUAGAAGUAAAAGGACAUUUCUACAUGCAUGCUGGUUCUCUGCUUCUGAAGAUGGGUCAGCAUAGUGAAGUGCAAUGGCGAGCUCUCUCUGAGCUGGCUACAUUGUGCUAUCUCAUAGCAUUUCAGGUUCCAAGACCAAAGAUUAAGUUAAUAAAAGGAGAAGUUGGACAAAAUCUGGUGGAAAUGAUGGCCUCUGAUCGUCUAAGCCAAUCAGGACACAUGCUGCUAAACUUAAGUCGUGACAAGCAAGAUUUUUUAAAAGAGGUUGUAGAAUCCUUUGCCAAUAAAAGUGGGCAGUCUGCAUUGUAUGAUGCUCUGUUUUCUAGUCAGUCACCUAAGGAUAGAUCUUUUCUUGGUAAUGAUGAUAUUGGAAACAUUGAUGUACGAGCGCCAGAGCCUGAUGAUUUGGCUAGAUAUGAUGUUGGUGCCACUCGAGCACAUAAUGGUAGUCUUCAGCACCUUACCUGGCUUGGCUUACAAUGGAAUUCGUUGUCUGCCUUACCUGCAGUUCGGAAAUGGCUAAAGCAGCUGUUUCAUCAUUUGCCCCAGGAGACCUCAAGACUUGAAACAAAUGCACCCGAAUCAAUAUGUAUUUUAGAUCUUGAAGUAUUUCUACUUGGAGUAAUAUAUACCAGCCACUUACAAUUAAAGGAGAAAUGUAGUUCUCACUGUAGCUUCUAUCAGCCACUAUGCUUGCCACUUCCUGUUUGUAAACAGCUUUGUACAGAAAGACAAAAAUCUUGGUGGGAUGCAGUUUGUAAUCUAAUUCACAGAAAAACAAUACCUGGAACCACAGCAAAAUUGAGACUUCUAGUUCAGCAUGACAUAAACACACUAAGGGGCCAGGAAAAGCAUGGCCUUCAGCCUGCCCUGCUUGUGCAUUGGGCAAAAUGCCUCCAGAAAACGGGCAGCGGUCUUAAUUCUUUUUAUGAUCAACGGGAAUACAUAGGCAGAAGUGUUCAUUAUUGGAAAAAAGUUUUGCCAAUGUUGAAGACAAUCAAAAAGAAGAGCAGUAUUCCUGAACCUACGGACCCUCUGUUUAAACAUUUUCAUAGUGCAGACAUUCAGGCAUCUGAAGUUGGUGAAUACGAGGAAGAAGCACACAUAACAUUUGCUAUAUUGGAUGUAGUUAAUGGAAAUAUAGAAGAUGCUAUGACUGCUUUUGAAUCUAUAAAAAACGUUGUUUCUUACUGGAAUCUUGCACUGAUUUUUCACAGAAAAGCAGAAGACAUUGAAAAUGAUGCCCUUUCUCCUGAAGAACAAGAAGAGUGCAAAAAUUGCCUGAGAAAGGCCAGGGACUACCUGAUAAAGAUUUUAGAUGACAGUGAUUCCAAUCUUUCAGUCGCCAAGAAGUUGCCUGUGCCAGUGGAGUCUGUAAAAGAGAUGCUUAACUCGGUCAUGCAGGAACUUGAUGACUAUAGUGAAGGAGGUCCUUUUUAUAAAAAUGGUUCUUUGCGAAAUGCAGAUUCAGAAAUAAAACAUUCUACACCAUCUCCCAGCAUAUAUUCUCUAUCACCAAAUAAAAGUUACAAGUAUUCUCCCAAAACACCACCUCGAUGGGCAGAAGAUCAAAAUUCUUUAUUGAAAAUGAUCUGCCAACAAGUAGAGGCCAUUAAGAAAGAAAUGCAGGAGUUGAAACUACGUAGUAGUAACUCAGGGUCCCCUCAUCGUUGGCCUCCAGAGAAUUAUGGACCAGAUUCAGUGCCUGAUGGAUAUCAGGGAUCACAGACUUUUCAUGGGGCUCCACUAACAGUUGCAACUACUGGCCCUUCAGUAUAUUAUAGUCAGUCACCAGCAUAUAAUUCCCAGUAUCUUCUCAGACCAGCAGCUAAUGUUACUCCCACAAAGGGUCCGGUUUAUGGCAUGAAUAGGCUUCCACCUCAACAACAUAUAUAUGCCUAUUCCCAACAGAUGCACACACCACCAGUCCAAAGCUCAUCUGCUUGUAUGUUCUCUCAAGAGAUGUAUGGUCCUCCAUUGCGUUUUGAGUCUCCUGCAACAGGAAUUCUAUCACCCAGGGGUGAUGAUUACUUUAAUUACAAUGUUCAACAGACAAGCACAAAUCCACCUUUGCCAGAGCCAGGUUAUUUCACAAAACCCCCAGUUGCAGCUCAUGCUUCAAGACCUGCAGAAUCUAAGGUUAUUGAAUUUGGAAAAUCUAAUUUUGUUCAGCCUGUGCCAGGUGAAGGAAUAAGACCAUCUUUGACAGCACCUGCACAUACAACACAGCCAACUCCUUUUAAAUUUAACUCAAAUUUCAAGUCAAAUGAUGGUGACUUUACCUUUUCUUCACCGCAGGUUGUAACACAACCCCCUUCUACAGCUUACAAUAAUAACGAAAGCCUUUUAGGUCUCUUAACUUCAGAUAAACCUUUGCAAGGAGAUGGCUACAGUGGACCAAAAGCUAGUCAAACCAUUGGACCUCGAAAUACGUUCAGUUUUGGAAGCAAAAAUGUGCCUGGAAUUUCAUUUACUGAAAACAUGGGUCCAAAUCAGCAAAAGAAUUCUGGUUUUCGUCGAAGUGAUGACAUGUUUACUUUCCAUGGUCCAGGGAAAUCAGUAUUUGGAACACCUGCACCGGAGCUGGCCAACAAGAGUCAUGAAACAGAUGGAGGGAGUGCCCAUGGUGAUGAUGAUGAUGAUGGCCCUCACUUUGAGCCUGUGGUACCUCUUCCUGAUAAGAUUGAAGUAAAAACUGGUGAGGAAGAUGAAGAAGAGUUCUUUUGCAAUCGUGCAAAAUUGUUUCGUUUUGAUGCGGAAUCCAAAGAAUGGAAGGAACGUGGAAUUGGUAAUGUAAAAAUCCUCAGGCAUAAAACAUCUGGUAAAAUUCGCCUUCUCAUGAGACGAGAGCAAGUCUUGAAAAUCUGUGCAAAUCAUUACAUCAGUCCGGAUAUGAAACUGACACCAAACGCUGGCUCCGACAGAUCUUUUGUAUGGCAUGCUCUGGAUUACGCUGAUGAAUUGCCCAAACCAGAACAGCUGGCUAUUAGAUUCAAAACUCCCGAGGAGGCAGCACUUUUUAAGUGCAAGUUUGAAGAGGCCCAGAACAUUUUAAAAGCCUUAGGAGCAAAUGUAGCCACAACAACAAAUCAGGCUAUGAGAAUUGUAAAAGAACCCACAAGUCAUGAUAACAAAGAUAUUUGCAAAUCUGAUGCUGGAAACAUGAAUUUUGAAUUUCAGAUUGCAAAGAAAGAAGGGUCGUGGUGGCAUUGUAGCAGCUGCUCAUUAAAGAAUGCUGCAACUGCUAAGAAGUGUGUAUCAUGCCAGAAUCUAAACCCAAACAAGAAAGAACUCCUUGGCCCACCAUUAGUUGAAACUGUGUCUGUUCUUACAACUGGCCUAGAAAAUACACCAGAUAGAUUUGCAUCAACGACUCCAAAGAAAGAAGGUCACUGGGAUUGUAGUAUUUGCUUAGUGAGAAACGAACCUACAGUAUCUAGGUGCAUUGCAUGCCAGAAUGCGAAGGCUGCUAACAAGAGUGGAUCUUCAUUUGUUCAGCAAGCUUCAUUUAAAUUUGGCCAGGGAGAUCAUCCUAAGUCUGUUAACAGUGAUUUCAGAUCUGUUUUUUCUACGAAGGAAGGACAGUGGGAUUGCAAUGUGUGCCGUGUACAAAAUGAAGGAAGUUCUACAAAGUGUGCUGCCUGUCAGAAUCCAAGAAAACAGAAUUUACCUACUUCUGUUUCAACUCCUGCUUCCUUUAAGUUUGGUACUUCAGAAAUAAGUAAAACCCCAAAGAGUGGAUUUGAGGACAUGUUUGCUAAGAAGGAAGGACAGUGGGAUUGCAGUAUUUGCUUAGUGCUAAAUGAGGCAAGCGCUACCACCUGUGUUGCUUGCCAGAAUCCAAGUAAACAAAAUCAGCCUACUUCUGCUGUUCUAGCUCCUGCCUCGUCAGAUACAUGCAAGCCUCCAAAGGGUGGAUUUGAAGGAAUGUUCACCAAGAAGGAAGGACAGUGGGAUUGUAGCAUUUGCUUUGUGCAGAAUGAGAGUUCUUCCUUAAAAUGUGUGGCUUGUGAUGCCUCUAAACCAACUCAUAAACCUAUUGCAGAAGCUCCUUCAGCUUUCACUUUGGGCUCAAAAACUAAGUUAAAUGACUCUUCUGGAAGUCAAGUUGGAACAGGAUUUAAAAGUAACUUUUCUGAAAAAGGUUUUAAAUUUGGUACUGCAGAACAAGGAUUUAAAUUUGGGCAUGUGGAUCAAGAAAGUACACCUUCAUUUACAUUUCAGGGUUCUUCUAAUACAGAUUCUAAGUCAACAAAAGAAGGAUUUAGUUUUUCUGUCCCUAUGUCUGCUGAUGGAUUUAAAUUUGGCAUUCAGGAGUCUGGAAUUCAAGAGAAGAAAAGUGAAAAGCCCCUUGAAAAUGACACUGGUGUUCAGGUUCAGGAUAUCAGUAGUCAGAAGAAUGGUAGUAGUGUAAUUUUUGGUCAAACUGGUAGCACUUUUACCUUUGCAGAUCUAGCAAAAUCAACUUCAGGAGAAGGAUUUCAGUUUGGCAAAAAAGACCCUAAUUUCAAGGGAUUUUCAGGUGCAGGAGAAAAAUUAUUCUCAUCACAAAGUGGUAAAAUGGCUGAUAAAGCUGACACUUCUGCUGACCUUGAGAAAGAUGAUGAUGCCUAUCGGACCGAGGACAAUGAUGACAUCCAUUUUGAACCAGUAGUUCAGAUGCCUGAAAAAGUAGAACUUGUAACAGGAGAAGAAGAUGAAAAAGUUCUUUAUUCACAGCGGGUAAAAUUAUUUAGGUUUGAUGCUGAGAUAAGUCAGUGGAAAGAAAGGGGUCUGGGGAACUUAAAAAUUCUCAAGAAUGAAGUCAAUGGCAAACUAAGAAUGCUUAUGCGAAGAGAACAGGUACUAAAAGUGUGUGCUAAUCAUUGGAUAACAACUACGAUGAACCUGAAGCCUCUCUCUGGGUCCGAUAGAGCAUGGAUGUGGUUAGCGAGUGAUUUUUCUGAUGGUGAUGCCAAACUAGAGCAGCUGGCAGCAAAAUUUAAAACACCAGAGCUGGCUGAAGAAUUCAAGCAGAAAUUUGAGGAAUGCCAGAGACUUCUAUUAGAUAUACCACUUCAAACUCCUCAUAAACUUGUAGACACUGGCAGAGCUGCCAAGUUAAUCCAGAGAGCAGAAGAAAUGAAGAGUGGAUUAAAAGAUUUCAAAACGUUUUUGACAAAUGAUCAAACAAAAGUCACUGAUGGAGAGAGUGAAUCCUCUGAUGCAGGUGCUGCCAGUGCCUCUGAUACUACCAGCAAGCCAAACCCUGAAAACACAGGGCCCACACUGGAGUGGGACAACUAUGAUUUAAGGGAAGAUGCUUUGGAUGAUAGUGUGAGUAGUAGCUCAGUACAUGCUUCUCCACUGGCAAGUAGCCCCGUGAGGAAAAAUCUCUUUCGCUUUGGUGAGUCAACAACAGGAUUUAACUUCAGUUUUAAGUCUGCUUUGAGUCCAUCUAAGUCUCCUGCCAAAUUGAACCAGAGUGGGACCUCAGUUGGCACUGAUGAAGAAUCUGAUGUUACUCAGGAAGAAGAGAGAGAUGGCCAGUACUUUGAACCUGUUGUACCUUUACCUGAUCUAGUGGAAGUGUCCAGUGGUGAGGAAAAUGAACAAGUUGUUUUUAGUCACAGAGCAAAACUCUAUAGAUACGAUAAAGAUGUUGGUCAGUGGAAAGAAAGAGGCAUUGGUGAUAUAAAGAUUUUACAGAAUUAUGAUAAUAAGCAAGUUCGAAUAGUGAUGAGAAGGGACCAGGUGUUAAAACUUUGUGCCAAUCACAGAAUAACUCCAGAUAUGACUUUGCAAAAUAUGAAAGGGACAGAACGAGUGUGGGUGUGGACUGCUUGUGAUUUUGCAGAUGGGGAAAGAAAAGUAGAACAUUUAGCUGUCCGUUUUAAACUACAGGAUGUUGCAGAUUCAUUUAAGAAAAUAUUUGAUGAAGCAAAAGUAGCCCAAGAAAAAGAUUCUUUGAUAACACCUCAGGUUUCUCGUUCAACCACUCCUAGAGAGUCACCAUGUGGCAAAAUUGCUGUUGCUGUAUUAGAAGAAACCACAAGAGAAAGGACAGAUUUAAUUCAGGGUGACGACACAGCAGAUGCAACUUCAGAAGUUGGAGAAGUGUCUAGCACAUCUGAAGCAACAACUAAAGCAGUGGUUUCUCCUCCAAAGUUUGUAUUUGGUUCGGAGUCCGUUAAAAGUAUUUUUAGUAGUGAAAAAUCAAAACCAUUUGCAUUUGGCAACAGUUCAGCCACUGGGUCUUUGUUUGGAUUUAGUUUUAAUGCACCUUUGAAAAAUAGUGGUGAAAUUAGUUCAGUAGUCAAGAGUGGAUCUGAAAGAAAAGUGGAACCUAAUUGCAAAGAGUCGAAGAAUUCAGAUAGCAAACAGUCUUCAGAUGGCAAAGUCAGAAAUCUCUUUGCUUUUCCAAAGGAAGAGUCCUCAACUAAUUACACCUUUAAAACACCAGAAAAGGGAUUUAAUUUUAGCCUUUUUAAAUCUAAUCCAAUGGCUUUUUGGACCAGCAUCCCUUCCUCAGAGCCUGAGAACGAAGCAAAAGAGAAGGUAAAACCUGAAGAUCCUUCCUCAGAUGAUGAUGUUCUUAUUGUAUAUGAGUUAACACCCACCCCUGAGCAAAAAGAUCUUGCAAGCAAACUUAAACUUCCUCCAACUUUCUUCUGCUAUAAGAAUAAACCAGAUUAUAUUAGUGAAGAAGAAGAGGAUGAUGAAGAUUUCGAAACAGCUGUCAAGAAACUUAAUGGAAAACUAUAUCUGGAUGACUCAGAAAAAUGUAGACCAUUAGAAGAAAAGCUAACAGAUAAUGAAAAAGAAUGUGUUAUUGUUUGGGAAAAGAAACCAACAGUUGAAGAGAAGGCAAAAGCAGAUACAUUAAAACUUCCACCUACAUUUUUCUGUGGAGUCUGCAGUGAUACUGAUGAAGACAAUGGAAAUGGGGAAGACUUUCAGUCAGAAUUUCAAAAAGUUCAGGACUCUCAAAAAUCCCAGAGUGAAGAAAUAGCUAACACGGCUGACAGUAUGUAUACAGGUGGGAGUAAAGUGACUGCACCAUUUUUAUGUAAAUCUGAAGAACCUGAUUUUAUUACCAAAUCUGUUAGUUCACCACCUGUUUCUUCUGGAACUGUGGAUAAACCUGUAGAUUUGUCUACUAGAAAGGAAAAUGAUGCAGAUUCUACAAGCCAAGUGGAAAGCAAAACAGUUUCAUUUGGAUUUGGAAGUAGCGCAGGGCUGUCAUUUGCAGACUUGGCUUCCAGUAAUUCUGGGGAUUUUGCUUUUGGUUCUAAAGAUAAGAAUUUCCAGUGGGCAAAUACUGGAGCAGCUGUGUUUGGAGCACAGUCAACCAGUAAAGUUGGCGAAGAGGAAGAUGGUAGUGAUGAAGAAGUAGUUCACAAUGAAGAUAUCCAUUUUGAACCAAUAGUGUCAUUACCUGAGGUAGAAGUAAAAUCUGGAGAAGAAGAUGAAGAAAUUUUAUUUAAAGAGAGAGCCAAACUCUAUAGAUGGGAUCGAGAGGUCAGUCAGUGGAAAGAGCGUGGUGUAGGAGACAUAAAGAUUCUUUGGCAUACAAUGAAGAAUUACUACCGGAUCCUAAUGAGAAGAGAUCAGGUUUUUAAAGUGUGUGCAAACCAUGUCAUCACCAAAACAAUGGAAUUAAAACCCUCGAAUGUUUCGAACAAUGCUUUAGUUUGGACUGCCUCAGAUUAUGCUGAUGGAGAAGCCAAAGUGGAACAGCUUGCAGUAAGGUUUAAAACCAAAGAAAUGGCUGAUUGUUUUAAAAAAAAAUUUGAAGAAUGUCAACAGAAUUUAUUGAAACUCCAGAAAGGACAAGUAUCACUGACAGCAGAGUUAUCGAAGGAGACAAAUCCUGUGGUGUUUUUUGAUGUUUGCGCAGACGAUGAACCUCUAGGACGUAUAACCAUGGAAUUAUUUUCAAACAUUGUUCCUCAGACUGCGGAGAACUUCAGAGCACUCUGCACUGGAGAGAAAGGCUUUGGCUUCAAGAACUCCAUUUUUCACAGAGUAAUUCCAGAUUUUGUUUGCCAAGGGGGAGAUAUCACCAAACAUGAUGGAACAGGAGGACGAUCUAUCUAUGGAGAUAAAUUUGAAGAUGAAAAUUUUGAUGUGAAACAUACUGGUCCUGGCUUACUAUCAAUGGCCAAUCGAGGCCGGGAUACCAAUAAUUCUCAGUUUUUUAUAACACUGAAAAAAGCAGAACAUUUGGACUUUAAGCAUGUAGUAUUUGGGUUUGUUAAGGAUGGCAUGGAUACUGUGAAAAAGAUUGAAUCAUUUGGCUCUCCUAAAGGGUCUGUUAGUCGAAGAAUUAGUAUCACAGAAUGUGGACAGAUAUAAAAUCAUUGUUUUUUCUAGUAAAUUUUACCUGUAUAAACAGUUGAAUUGAAGCUUAGCUGUUGUGACAAUAUGGUAAUAAUUAUGUUCAGCUUUUGAAAAUGGACGUUUCCAAUGUAUAAAUGUACAAUUGCAGCUUAUAGCUGUUGUCACUUUUUAAUGUGUUAUAAUUGACCUUGCAUGGUGUGAAAUAAAAGUUUAAACACUGGUGUAAAUCAGGUGUACUUGUGUUUAUGUACUCCUGACAUAUCUGUAUUAAAAUGGAAUAAUACUAAUCUUGUUAAAAGCAAUAGACCUUCUCAAACUAUUGAAGGAAUAUGAUAUAUGCAAUUUAAUUUUACCUUUUAAGAUACUGGAUUCCUGCAUGGAUAAAUUUACCAUUUGAAAAAAGGGACCACAACUUGGAUAAUUUUUAUUUUAGAUUUGAAAUAUAUUUGGUAAUUUUAAAUAUUGGUGUGCUCAUUUAUGCAUAGAGACUCACUUAUGAAUGGGUAGAGCCACAGAGGGUAGAGACUUAACCAAAGUGCUCUUCUAUAAUCCUUGCACCUCCUGUAUAGUUAAAUUAACUUUUAAGUAGAGUACCUUCUUUUCUUAAAUGGUAUGUAGUUUCCUGUGCCCUUUCAAAGGUAUUAAAUUAAUUUUUACAUUUUAAACAAGUAUUUCCUUAGGUUUUUUUUUUGUUUUUGUUUUUUAACUUCUCUGUCAUCUGUUUCUACUACCUCAAACUGCAGCUUGGUUCUGAUAGAACUUGAAUUUUUCCUUGCAGUUGUUGUGAUAAAGUAUGACUAUUUUAAAAAGGUCUAUACCAUGUUCUUUGGUUAAAGAUUUGCUUUAUACUAGAUUGUUGCAGUACCUUUUUCUGGUGAAUUUUGUAGCAAAAAUAAAGUGACAAUUGUUAACAGCCAUGACAUUUAAAAAACUUA